UUGUAUAUGAAUAUCAUGAUUGUGGGCUUCAUUAUUAAAUUGUGCAGGUAUAAACUGUGGAAUGGUGUAAGCAAGGAUAGUGGUGUGAUUGUGAGAAAUGCAGAUGAUCUAGAAGGGGAGACAAAAUGUAUAUACCCACAUGAAGAUCAUAGUGAUAAACAGAUUUGUCGUUUUAUAACAACACCAGUCAACAUGGCAAACACACAUACUGCUUGGACAUAUUACUACCCUGGAAGUAAAGUAUAUCUGUGGGAUACUGAUAAAGAAAGUGUUGUAGCUGUGUUAGAUUGCUCUAAUAAGAUACCUGCUGCUGAUAGUUACCAUGUUCAAAAAGUGAAAAAGUUUGAAGCAAAUCACUACCAAGUUACAGCAGUGAAUGCAGUUGGUCAGUAUUUAUAUGUUAGUACGACCUGGGGUUGUGUUAUUGUAGCAGAUGCCAUCUCCAUGGAGCCAUACAGUGUCUUUCGUUGUCAUAGUGAUGAGGAAUUCUACUGUAAAGCUAUUUUACAGCUAGGCCCUCUUCUUACGCCUGACCAGCUAAACUUGCAUACUGCAGCCGCAGAAACAAAUCUGACUGAAACUUUAUACAGGAGAAUCCCUGGACCAAACUCUAACUACACAGAUGGUAGGGAUGGUCAGCGUGCAAAUAUUGCAGAGAAAUAUCAGGGUGUGGUUACUAUAGGACGUGGGUAUAGGGAUAUAAUAAAGUGUGUAUCAAAACUGGAGAAACAAGCGUUGGUACGAAGUGAUAAAGAGGAUUGUUGGUCAGUUGUUAACACAGGGUUAGAUCCUGAUCAAGGCACAGAAUCAACAAAACAAACAAACCUACACACUUUUUUGUUGUCAUGGGAACCAAAACAUUGGGAGUUUUAUUAGCUUAUUUUGAUAAGCUUAGUCAAUAUUUGACCCUGAAGUGUCACAUAUGACAAUAUAGGUGGUCUGGUGCUUUUCAUUUGUCCUAUCCUAUGUUCAUAGGAAUAGAGUACUUGCAUUCAUGAUUUUCUAGAAUCACAAGAAAAAUAGUAAAACAUGUUAGUGUUAGACAUAUAUGAGUGUUGUUAAAAAAGUAAGGACUAAGAGUCUUGCAUAUUCGUAUUUCAUUCAGUUUAGAAUAUUUUCAUAUGUACAGUGAUUGUAAAAUGUUUUCCACAAUUUAGCAUAAUUUAUUGAUUUAUUGUGAUGAACGUGUGUUUCCUGUGAUAUUUAAUAACCAUGGUAACAUGCACCCGGCACAACACAUCAAAAUAGUUAGUGAAGCUAAGUUGUAUUUCUAAUUUAUUCACAAUUUAUUAUCUGUUUGUCCAUAUAUUCUAUCAACACAUAUAAUUAUAUUUAAGUGACAUUAUAUCCCAAUAAGACGUCAUUCAGACAUGAAAAGGCUUAAAUAUUAAGUUUUGAACAGCAGUGGUCAUAGUGUAAAAUGUAGAAACAUGACAUUUGUUAACUAUUUGAAAAUGAGUGUGAUCAUUAAAUUUUGCCAACAAUGGCUAUAGUCCUUCAGAUACAUACAAAAUGAUUAAAUCAACAAAGGAGGACAAUUAUCCUGAUAUAAGAUAAUCUACUGGAAAAGGCGAGGAUGAAAAAUACGGGAUGUUAGUGAUGCCAAUUGCAAAAAAGCUACAACAGGAUCAAUGGUAAACAGUUUGCAAACGGUUCGCAAACUGGCAUUUUAAUAAAUGUUAGACUGUGCUAAGUAGAAAAGGAUACUUUUCAAUUGAAAAAUGUUGUUAUUUUACCAUUUAUAAUUAUAUAGUUUUAAAACAUAUAAUGACAUGUGUUAAUUGAUAAUUUAAAUUGCUUUUGCAUUAACAUUUUAAGUCUGCCAAUGCCUGUUGAGUUCUCAGAUUACUCACAAUAUACAAGAAAAAGCGGAGAAUGGCUGGCUAUCAGGUUUUGUUUUUUUUGAGAGUGGAAAGAGAUGGUGAUCGCUUUGCUUCUUGCUUCAUCUCUACAUAUGAAGCGUGAAUAGUUAACAUCAUUCAGACUGCUACAGCACUAGGAAGAAUACUUUCAAAAGAAUGACACUUUUUACAUUUUGUAUUUAUUUUAUGACGUCAUGAAGAUCAUUUAAUAUAUUGUUAGCAUGCACCAGAUUUUUUACCCCUUGUCAUUUUAAAAUUGCACAGAAUUGUUAUUUGUAAAUACUUUGUAUUGCUUUUUUCACUGUAUAUAGUGAACAUGUUCCCAUAUUUGUCUUUUGUAUAAUUCUUUAUGUAUAUUAAAAAAUGUAGAGCUGCAGUCCCAUUACUUCUUGAACAAUCCUCGUACAUGUAUAUAUUUUUUAUUGUGCCAAUGGAAUUCUUUAGUACUUUUUCAGGUUUUUAAAAAAAACAUAUAUUGACACUCUGAUUUAAACCUUUGAUACAGAAAUUAUAGAUAGGUAAAUAGAUAUAAAUUCAUUUAUUAUAUAUUGCCAUACAGAUUUUAUGAUAUAAAAGAUUUUUUGCUCAUUUGCUACAUUGACGGAGUCAAUAUUUCUCUAUUUUCAUCAAAACUGAGCUUAUACAUGUAUAUGUAUAAACUAGUUUCAAGUUGUGUUCACACUACACUGGUAUUAUAUUAUACAGUCUGCUACACUUAUAACAAGAUUGGUUUUAAAAAAAAACAGGCAUCAAGUUUUUCCACCUCAAACGGUAAAAUAGUGAUAGAAAAAAUAGAAAUAUCAUGUAUAGUAGUAAUAUGUUCUUUUAUUACAUGUUUUGCAGUAGAUUACUGAAUUAUAACGGUUAAUUAUAUUCUGAUAAUUUCACAGUAAUGAUUACCAAAUAUAAUUUCACUGUAGCCGAACUAUAUUUGGCGUAAAAAUAAAAUAUUUAUCAUUAAUGAAUGUUUUUUUUCAGCGGAAAUGUAGUCAAUCAUAAUAAAAAAUGUACGUGAUAACUGUAGUUCGUAAAUAUUUACGAACGUUGUGCUGAAAAACAUCUAAAAUCUAAAAAUAAUCAUGGAAUUAUAUUUUGCUUCAACAUUGUGACGUCAUUAUUUGAUGACGUCAUGAAGAUAAGAGCAUGACGUUACGCGGCAAAAAUCAGUAAA